AUGGAUAACAUAAUCUUAUCCGAGCUUGCCAAAGGCCUAAAGUUAUCCAAGCAAGACAUCACACCGAACUCAACCUUCCAUCAAGCUGGCGGUGAUUCCAUCACAGCGCUGCGUGUCUCCGCCGCCUGCAAAGGGCAGGGUGUAUCCAUCAACGUCUCUUCCAUCCUCAAUAGUCAAACUAUCUCUGAACUACUCCAAAGUGCAAAGUGGCUUCCCGGCCAUGAGCAAGAUUUCGCCCCAGAGGAAAAUACCCAGAACGUCCACAGAGUGUGCGACAGAGACGCAUCUGCAUUGCCUAGUCUUGGUGGCGCCGUCCCUGACAAUUUGGCUUCAGCUACCAUGAAUGGCACCAACGGCAUACAUAGUGCGCAUGGAAACCCUGGUAUAGUUAAGACGCAUGACUCCCAAGGCGUGCAAAUGCAUCAGAGAAGCAGCAGACGUGCCGACGCUGGUGUUUGCAAGAUGAUGUCGCUCCAGUCUUCUCUCGUGCUGGACACGAGGGCAAGACCAGGCAACAAUGUUAUUAGCUAUUUUCAAGAGUAUACGUACUCGCCGGCUCAAGUUGCAACUUUGAAACAGGCAUGGCAACAAGUCAUUCGAUCAGAGCCUAUUUUUCGCGCCGUCUUCGACGACGAAACGUUUUGGGACGACGGAAUCGCCUUUUUCUCAUGGUCAGAGAGCAUGCACCGCGACGAGCGCCAGUUUGAGCAAGAGCUUGAAUCCAUUAGCGCACCCCCGAUGCUGGAUCCGGCGACAGAAUUCAAGGUCGUGACCCUCAUGGGGAAGAAGAGCGUUCUUGUCUGGCACGUCCAUCAUGCUCUCGUUGAUGGAUACUCGGCGCACUUGCUCCUGCGAAAAGUGAACACGGUGAUAAAUGGGGGCCAGAUUAGCCAAGGCUAUUCUUUCGACGAUUUGGCCCGCGGCUGGCAAAUGUACCAGGCGCUAUUUCAGCAACAGGCGACGCGCUUCUGGAGAGAGUACUUGACGGGCAUGACGGCCGUUAACAACCAUUUACUACUGCCGCCGCCUCAAGAUCAGCACCGUGACGACAGGCCUUCUUCAGGCGUUGUCACUUUCUCUGCCCCGGCGCAAUGCUGCCUGCAAUUCGCUGAAGCUAAUGAAAUCCCGCUCUCCGCUGUAUACUACGCUGCCUGGGCACUGACCCUCUCCAUUUACACCGGCUCCGAUGCUGUCUUGUUUGGCGUCUUGUUCGCCAACAGGUCGCUCCCGGUUCCCGCCAUUCGAGAUACCGUCGGCCCAAUGAUGAAUACUCUGCCGCUUCUGUUGUGUCUGGAUCGGAGAAAAACACUGAGAGACCUUCUUCACUACACGGCUGAGCGCCUAUCCAAGCUUCGGGAGUAUGAAUGGAGUGUUCCCGACCAGCGCUGCCCGAUGACAUCGGUGUUGGCCAUGCAGUAUGACUAUGAGACUAAUACGGAUCCAAAGUUUCAAACUGUAUCGUCUUAUACUAGACUGCAAUCGAGCAUCCCCGUUAAUCUGUUUCUUGGUCCAAAGGACAGAAUCCAGAUUAACUACGACAAGAACUUGUACGACCACGCAGACAUUGAAAAGCUCGGUCAAAUGUACAUUCACGCCAUUGGUGCUCUGAUGGAGUCCGAAAUGGUUCUACUGGAUGAGUAUUUCAGACAACCUCUCCCACCCAGUAUGUGGAAGGAGAUCAUGUCAUACGGCAACUGCGCUUCCACCCACAGUCGGGGUGAGGGAGAAGAUACAUUGACUAGCCUCUUUGACACUCGCCUUGAAAGCAUUCCGGAUGCUCCCGCCGUCAUCAGAGGCGACAGCUCAAUUACCUACGCUCAACUUGACGAGGCAGCCACAAAGGUCGCUUCCAGAUUGUGCAAGGCGGUAUCACCGGGGGACGUCGUAUGCGUCCACGCUGAUCGCUCCAUCAACUGGAUCAUUGCCAUAUAUGCAGUCCUCAAAGCUCGGGCGGUGUAUUGUCCUUUGGACCCGGCCAUACCUGCAGAGCUGAGGAAUACCUAUUUUGAAACCUCGGGAAGCGGACUUUUUCUGUCCACCUGGGACUCGUGCAAAGACAAGAAACCACAGUCAGCCCCCCUCUGCUAUUCCAUGGAGGAGCUUCUACACGACGACACAAACCCCUCCGAUAUUUCGGCGCUCCUGCAAAGACCCGGGGCAUCGAAGAAGGAUACAGCAUACCUUUGCUUUACCUCGGGCUCAUCCGGCCUACCCAAAGGAGUUGCAUGCACUCAUGAGGGGAUUGUGGCGUUUCAGAAAGACUACGACGCUCGCCUUCGCAUGCGGCCACAUCUCAAAGUAGCCCAAAUCAUGUCCCCGGCUUUCGAUGGGAGCAUACAUGAAAUAUUUUCGUGCUUGUCGUACGGUGGAACCAUUCUACUGAGCGAGACAGCCGACGUAUUGAGCAAUUUGCAGAAAGCCGAUGUUGCCAUGAUAACCCCGUCAGUCGCGAAACUAUUGAACCCUCGCGACUAUCAAAAUCUCGAAGCCAUUUACAUGGUUGGGGAGCAUCUUCCACAGGCCGUGUGCGAUGCGUGGUCUGCCGUGAUGCCCGCCUUCAAUCUCUACGGCCCAACAGAGUCCAGUUGUGGUUCGACUUGUAAAAGCUUGGUGUGCGGCGACAAGGUCACCAUUGGACGGCCUGUGCAAUCAACGCGAAUCUACAUCUUGGACCAGCAUCAAUUCCCGCUCCCUCCUGGAGCUAUCGGCGAACUCUACACCGCAGGGGUGCAAGUCUCGCCGGGAUAUAUUAAACGGCCAAAGGAGACCGCGAGGAACUUUUUGAAGGACACAAUUUGCCCCGAGACGAAUCAGACAAUGUACCGGACUCAGGACCGUGGUUACUGGAGUCAAUCGGGGGAGAUUUGUCUGCUCGGGCGGUCCGAUAGACAGAUCAAGCUGCGAGGCUUCCGUCUUGAUCUGGACGAUCUCGAAAUCAGAAUGGUCAAAUGCUCUAGUGCCACUUCGGUAGCCCUUGCCCGCAAGGAGGAUAUGCUCGUGGCAAUGAUACAGCCUGAAACUACGGAUGUCGCCUUGUUUGAGGAGGCGAUCAAAAAGGUGCUUCCGCCGCAAGCGCUGCCUAGGCUCAUCAAAGCCGUUGAAAAGUUCCCGCUGGGCAAUGCGGGAAAGCUGGACUACAAGGCAAUUUCAACAGCAUUCUCUUUGGAAGAGGCAGAGGCACCGCCCUCCGACCCUUCCGCGUCGCCCUCAAUCGUCAGAGAGGAUGCGAAAAAUACAAUCGCUUCUGUUUGGCGCACCGUCCUGAAUCUGGACGAUAGUCAGGCCUUGAAUGAGGAUUCAAGCUUUUUGGAACUUGGUGGCCACUCUCUCGAACAAAUCGCCCUAUCCAGUCGUCUGUCCUCGGCUCUCAACACCCGCGUCACCCUGGCCGAUGUCAUGCAAAACAUAACUUUUGGCGACCAGGUCAGAAGGUUUCGGUCCCCUUCUUCAAACUCCGCACACGGUCAACUAGUCCGUGGGCCAAGGCCUACUGGGCAAUUGACUGGCGUCGAAGGCCAAAUUGAAGCUCUAUGGCGGUCUUUGCUAUCUCUGGAUAGCAAGUACUCUCUCAAUGGUGAUUCAAACUUCAUAGAGUUGGGUGGUGAUUCUAUCCUCCAGCAGAAACUGGCAUCUCGCCUGUCUAUUAUUGGAGGUCAGAGGAUACCGUUGCUCGAUGUUAUAAAAUCCCCCCGUCUAGGCGAUCAACUCGCUCUACUCUCCGCUUCCAGCGUUGACCGUCAGACUGGCGUUUCUGCGCCAAAUAUGGGUUCAACUUUGGGCCACAGCGCUCUAUCUCCCAUUGAACAAGAAUGGCUUCAAAAGUAUAAGCUGGGCAAAGGUUCUUCCUCUUUUAACGUGAAUUUUGUCUGUGCUUUGAGCGAGGAUGUGGACAUCAAGAGGUUGGAGCAGGCAUGGAACAAGGUGCUAGCACGCCAUGGCAUCUUGAGCUCUUUUUUUCCAAACGAUCACGAUCGAGUAUAUUCGAAAAUGCCGCCUCGAGUUAUUCUCCUGGAUAAAGUUAAUAUUCAAGAGGAGGUGAACCGAGAAUUCAAGCUGUAUGAGGAGCUUCCCAUACGUAUAUUCCUCUCACCGACUACACUUGUCUUAGUGGCCUCGCACAUUGUUUUAGACCUGACAGCUUUGAACGUCAUACUUUCAGAUGUUCAGAUGUAUUGGAAUGGCAAGACUCCCGACACCGUGCCGAGGGAGUAUGGUCAGACAAGCCAGUGGAGCCGCCGUGUUUCUCAAGAUGACCUUGAUUUCUGGGGCCAUCUUUCAGAUUUGCCCCCUUACUGUGAACCAACCCGCCUUGACUACCGUGGAAAGUCCCGGGUCUGCAAGUUACUGCCAGAUACUUUCCGGGCCAUGGUUCAUCUUUCGGCGAAACACGGCAUUACACUACACCAGCUUUCUUUGGCGGCAGUUGCACUUGCAAUCCGGCAUGGCAAUCCUGAUGGCAGGUCUGCCAUGCUGGGAUCGCCGUACUUGAAUCGUGGCGUGGAAGACUUCGACACCGUCGGCCUCUUCCUGGAGCCGUUGGUCAUACGUGUCCAAGAUCCUUGGUCAAGUGAAGCAGACUCAAUCCAUGGAAGCCAUGGUCGAGAGGACCCUUGGGCUCUGACGUUUUGCAAGAAAGUGGCUGCGGCAAGCCAGCAGGCCCUUUCUCACACUAUCCCCUGGAACGAGCUCCUCAAAGAGCAUGCUGUCACGCCAGAUCAUCCAAAUGUUCCUUUUAUCGAAGCAAUGGUGACGUUUCAUGAUAACCGAGGGCGCGAAACACUUUCCAUCGACGGGGCUCAGCCAUUGUACACAUGGUGCGAAGGAGCCAAAUUCAAAAUCAUGUUUGAGUUCCUAGCCCUCACCAACGAGACUGCGAUGCUAAGAAUGGAGUAUGACAACCUUUUAUAUAGUGAGACUGAAGCUAGUUAUAUCCAAUCUCGGGUGAUAGCGGCAAUUGAUGGACUCACACAAGAGCUGGACAGGGCAGAAAUUAAAGGGAUAAUGCAGCAGGCCAUGCUGAGACAACAACACCCCAGCGACGACGGAAGUAAAUAUUUUGGCGCCAAGAUGGCCGAGUUAUAA